UGCCCGACCCGCCCCUCGGCCGGUACUGCCCUCGAGUCACCGCGCCGGACCCCCCCCUCGGGGUCUCUUGUGACAGCCUGUCUGCACCGUGUGCCAUGGCGAUGCUGUGGGCCCUCGCUCUGGUCUUGGCUGCAGGUCUGGACGCUGCCAGGCCCCCUAACAUCUUGCUCAUCUUUGCUGAUGACCUGGGCUAUGGGGACCUGGGCUGCUAUGGCCACCCCAGUUCGGCCACCCCCAACCUCGACCAGCUGGCCGCAGGAGGGCUGCGGUUCACAGACUUCUAUGUGCCAUCGUCCCUGUGCACGCCCUCCCGGGCCGCCCUCCUGACUGGCCGACUCCCAGUCCGGACAGGCCUGUACCCUGGAGUUCUGGGGCCCAGCUCCCGAGGGGGCCUGCCCCUGGAGGAAGUGACUCUGGCUGAGGUCCUGGCUGCUCGAGGCUACCUCACCGGAAUGGCUGGCAAGUGGCAUCUUGGGGUGGGCCCUGAGGGGACCUUUCUGCCACCGCAUCAGGGCUUCCAUCGAUUCCUGGGCAUUCCAUACUCCCAUGACCAGGGCCCGUGCCAGAACCUGACCUGCUUCCCGCCUGCAACCCGCUGUGACGGCACCUGUGACCAGGGCCUGGUCCCUGUCCCGCUGCUAGCCAACCUGUCCGUGGAGGCACAGCCACCGUGGCUGCCCACACUCGAGGCCCACUACGUGGCUUUCGCACGCGACCUCAUGGCCGAGGCCCAGCGCCAGGCCCGCCCGUUCUUCCUGUACUACGCCUCCCACCACACCCACUACCCCCAGUUCAGCGGGCAGAGCUUCGCCGGGCAGUCUGGCCGCGGGCCGUUCGGGGACUCCUUGAUGGAGCUGGAUACAGUUGUGGGGGCCCUGAUGACGACCGUGGGGGACCUGGGGCUACUUGGGGAGACCCUGGUGCUCUUCACUGCAGACAACGGGCCAGAGACGAUGCGGAUGUCCCACGGCGGCUGCUCUGGCCUCCUGCGGUGUGGAAAGGGAACCACCUACGAGGGGGGCGUCCGAGAGCCGGCCUUGGCCUUCUGGCCAGGCCACAUCAGCCCCGGCGUGACCCACGAGCUGGCCAGUACUUUGGACCUACUGCCCACCCUGACGGCUCUGGCCGGGGCCUCACUGCCCAACGUCACCUUGGAUGGCAUUGACCUCAGCCCCCUGCUCCUGGGCACAGGCAAGAGCCCCCGGAAGACUCUGUUCUUCUACUCGGCCAACCCAGACGAGAUCCGAGGGGUCUUUGCUGUGCGGAGCGGGAAGUACAAGGCCCACUUCUUCACCCAAGGUUCUGCCCACAGUGACACCACGCCGGACCCUGCCUGCCACGCCUCCAGCCCACUGACUGCCCAUGAUCCCCCGCUGCUCUUUGACCUGUCCAAGGACCCUGGUGAGAACUACAAUCUUCUGGGGGAUGUGGCCAAGGUCCCCCCAGAGGCCCUGCGAGCACUGAAGCAAUUGGAGCUGCUCAAGGCCCAGUUUGACGCUGCCAUGACCUUCGGCCCCAGCCAGAUGGCCCGGGGCGAGGACCCUGCCCUGCAGAUCUGCUGUCAGCCUGGCUGCAGCCCCCAGCCAUCUUGUUGCUACUGCCCAGAGCCCAGGCCAGAGGGCAGGCCUAGGGGCAGGCCCCAGCCCAGGCCUAAGCUCGUCCCCAAGGGCAGGCCCCAGCACAGGCCCGAGCCCGUCCUUGAGGGCAGGCCCCAGCCUGUCGCUGAGGGCAGGCCCCAGUCCAUCCUCAUCCCUGAGGGCAGACUCCAGCUCAUCCCUGAGGGCAGGCCCGAGCCCCUGGCUGAGGUCAGGCCCCAGCCUGUCCCUGAGGGCAGGCCUGAGCCCCUGGCUGAGAGCAGGCCACAGGCUGUCCUCGAGGGCAGGCCCGAGCCCCAGGCUGAGAGCAGGCCUGAGCCUAUGCCUGAGGGCAGGCCCGAGCCCCUGGCUGAGAGCAGGCCACAGGCUGUCCUCGAGGGCAGGCCCGAGCCCCAGGCUGAGAGCAGGCCUGAGCCUAUGCCUGAGGGCAGGCCCGAGCUCCUGGCUGAGGGCAGGCCCCAGCCUGUCCCUGAGGGCAGGACUGAGCCUGUCGCUGAGGGCAGGCCCGAGCCAGAGCCCGUGGCUGAGGGCUGGCUCGAGCCCGUCGCUGAGGGCAGGCCCCAGCCUGUCCACGAGCCCAUCUCUGAGCCCAUCUCCCAGACGGUCCCUGAGCCCAUCCAUGAGCCCAUCCCCCCAACCGUACCCGAGCCCAUCCCUGAGAGCCCUGGUGGAGAAUAGCCCAGUCCCCUCAGCCCCCGAGGCAUGUGACAGUCAUUUGCUAAGGUGCGGGCAUGGAUGUGGUUUGUACUUGAUAACCCAAUAACAUCAGCUGACACUUGUA